CGUAAAGUCGCAUCUGUGUUUACUGCCGCUCAACAUUCUUACACGUCACUGAUGAGAGUACACCUCAGCAGUAAAGCUGCGUUCCAGACGUUCUGCGUUCCAGUCUCGCCGAAAGAUAUGUUCUUUACGACAUAUCUGCUUACAAGACCUCUGAUCCCACACGUCAUAUCUCAGAGCCCCGCACAUAAAUGAAAGUGUGACCGCGAGAGAUACGGUACAUUGGAGCGCGAUGAACAAACGUGUGUGCAACCUUUUCUCGAAGACUCCCUUCUCGGUUCUACGAUGUUUAUCGACUGCAAAGGGACAACGUGCCGACACCUCGAGGUUCAACCAACCGUUGUCAGGAAACGCGUGUCCCAGACCCGGUGGCAUCGCGACGUUCAUGAGACUGCCGUUUGUGGAGACACCUAAAGGGCUGGACGUAUGCUUCUAUGGAAUCCCCUUCGACUGCGGCACCUCCAACAGACCGGGAGCGCGUUUCGGGCCCCGGCAGAUCCGCUGCGAAUCUGCGCUUCUUAGACCCUACAACAUGGCUACAGGUGCGGCUCCUUUCGAAUCUCUGCAGAUUGCUGACGUUGGUGACGUUCCUGUGACCAUGUAUGAUACGGCCAAGGCCAUGGUAGACAUCGAGAACUUCGUCCGCAAUGUGCUCUCUCAUGGAUGUCUUCCUGUGGGAAUCGGCGGAGACCACACUGUCACCUAUCCCGUCCUCAAAGCGAUUAAGGAGAAGCACGGGCCUGUAGGUUUGCUGCACUUGGACGCGCAUGCAGACGUCAAUCCGUCAAUGAUGAACUGCAGUGUAGCUCAUGGAACGCCCUUCUACCGCGCAGUGGAGGAAAAUCUCGUGGAUCCUAAAAGGGUAGUUCAAAUCGGGCUCCGAGGGACUAUCUACGGCCCCAAUGAAGAAUGCUGGAGUGUGGAACAGGGUUUCACCAUCAUUCAAGCUCGGGAGUGUUGGCACAAAUCUCUGUUGCCUGUCAUGGAAAGCAAAGUGCUCCCUGUGCUGAAAAAGGGCCCAGUUUAUCUGACCUUGGAUAUCGAUUCCCUUGAUCCUGCCUAUGCUCCUGGGACAGGUACGCCCGAAAUCGGAGGCUUGUCUACAAUCCAGGUGCUUGAAAUCAUAAGAAGCUGUAAAGGAUUAAACCUUGUGGGAGCAGAUUUAGUUGAGGUAUCACCACCAUAUGACCAGUGCGGAAACACUGCCCUUACAGCAGCCAACCUUCUUUUCGAAAUCCUGUGUGUUCUUCCGGGAGUGAAGCAGUUGAAGACGUAGAUACUAUGGAAUGUCUACUACCGUGUUCCUCUGUAUAGCAAACACAGAUCAUAUAGAUAAACCAAUGCCAAGUCCUUCA